CUUGAUCUUCAUACAAUGCUGCUGGAUGAAUAUCAAGAACGGCUCUUCGUGGGAGGCAGGGACCUUGUACAUUCCCUCAGCUUGGAACGAAUCAGUGACGGCUAUAGAGAGAUACACUGGCCUAGUCCAGCACUGAAAAUAGAAGAAUGUGUAAUGAAAGGAAAAGAUGCAAGUGAAUGUGCAAAUUAUGUUCGGGUUUUGCAUCAUUAUAAUAGGACACACCUUCUGACAUGUGGUACUGGGGCCUUUGAACCACUUUGUGCCUUCAUCAGAGUUGGAUACCAUUCGGAGGAUCCUCUGUUUCACCUGGAAUCUCACAGAUCUGAGCGAGGAAGGGGCAGAUGUCCUUUUGACCCCACCUCUUCCUUCAUCUCCACUUUAAUUGGUAGUGAAUUGUUUGCAGGACUCUACAGUGACUACUGGGGCAGAGAUGCUGCCAUCUUCCGGAGCAUGGGGCGACUGGCCCAUAUUCGCACUGAGCAUGACGAUGAGCGCCUGUUGAAAGAACCAAAAUUUGUAGGUUCGUAUAUGAUUCCUGACAAUGAAGACCAAGAUGACAACAAAGUGUAUUUCUUUUUUACUGAAAAGGCCCUGGAGGCAGAAAACAAUGCCCACGCAAUUUACACCAGAGUGGGGCGACUUUGUGUGAACGAUGUGGGAGGACAGAGAAUACUAGUGAAUAAGUGGAGUACCUUCCUAAAAGCUAGACUGGUUUGCUCGGUACCAGGAAUGAAUGGAAUUGAUACAUAUUUUGAUGAAUUAGAGGAUGUUUUUUUGCUACAUACCAGAGAUCAUAAGAACCCAGUGAUAUUUGGACUCUUCAACACUACCAGUAAUAUAUUUAGAGGGCAUGCUAUAUGUGUCUACCAUAUGUCUAGCAUCCGGGCAGCCUUUAAUGGACCGUAUGCACAUAAAGAAGGACCUGAAUACCACUGGUCAGUCUAUGAAGGAAAAGUCCCCUACCCAAGGCCUGGUUCUUGUGCCAGCAAAGUGAAUGGAGGAAGGUACGGAACCACCAAAGACUACCCUGACGAUGCCAUCCGAUUUGCAAGAAGCCACCCACUAAUGUACCAGCCCAUAAAACCUGCCCAUAAAAAACCAAUAUUGGUAAAAACAGAUGGAAAAUAUAACCUGAAACAAAUAGCAGUGGAUCGAGUGGAAGCUGAGGAUGGCCAAUAUGAUGUCUUGUUUAUUGGGACAGAUAAUGGAAUUGUGCUGAAAGUAAUCACAAUUUACAACCAAGAAACAGAAUCGAUGGAAGAAGUAAUUCUAGAAGAACUGCAGAUAUUCAAGGAUCCAGUUCCUAUUAUCUCUAUGGAGAUCUCUUCAAAGAGACAACAACUGUAUAUUGGAUCUCCUUCUGCCGUGGCGCAAGUCAGAUUCCAUCAGUGUGACAUGUAUGGAAGUGCUUGUGCUGACUGCUGCCUGGCUCGAGACCCUUACUGUGCCUGGGAUGGCAUAUCCUGUUCCCGGUAUUACCCAACAGGGACACAUGCAAAAAGGAGAUUCCGGAGACAAGAUGUUCGGCAUGGAAAUGCAGCUCAGCAGUGCUUUGGGCAGCAGUUUGUUGGGGAUGCUUUGGAUAAGACUGAAGAGCGACUGGCUUAUGGCAUAGAGAACAACAGUACUUUGCUUGAAUGUACCCCACGAUCUUUACAAGCAAAAGUCAUCUGGUUUGUGCAGAAAGAACGUGAAACAAGAAAAGAGGAGGUGAAGGCAGAUGACAGAGUGGUUAAGAUGGAUCUUGGUUUACUCUUCCUAAGGGUACGCAAGUCAGAUGCUGGGACCUAUUUUUGCAAGACAGUAGAGCACAGUUUUGUCCAUACUGUUCGUAAAAUCACCUUGGAGGUAGUGGAAGAGGAGAGAGUGGAAGAAAUGUUUAACAAAGACUAUGAGGAGGACGGGCCUCGCAGGAUGCCUUGUCCUGCCCAGAGUGGCAUCCCACAGGGAACAAAACCAUGGUACAAGGAAUUCUUGCAGCUGAUUGGUUAUAGCAACUUCCAGAGAGUGGAAGAAUACUGUGAAAAAGUAUGGUGCACAGAUAAGAAGAGGAAAAAGCUUAAAAUGUCCCCCUCCAAGUGGAAGUAUGCCAACCCACAGAAAAAGCAGCUCCGGUCCAGACCCAAACCUGAACACUAUCGCCUGCCCAGGCACACGCAGGACUCCUGA